AUGAGCCGCCCCUCUUCAUUCCUUCGCUUGGUUGCCAACAAACCCCAAGCCUCGACCCAAAAGACCUAUAAUCUCCAUAUUCCCUGCUAUGUGAAACCCAACACGUCCGCCCAAAGAGUUGGGGUUACUGCAGUGGGACCUGGCCGGGUGCAUGUAUCGGUGGCAGCGGUUCCCCGCGAUGGAGCUGCCAACCGUGCUGUUUCCCGGGUUGUCGCAGAGGUCUUCAAGGUCCCAAAAUCCAAUGUUGGGGUGAUCCGUGGGGCCACGGCCCGCGAAAAGACGUUGUGCAUUGCAGAUCUAGCCAUUGGCGACGAUAGCGAGGAAGAGUUUCUUCAGCGAGCGACACAAAAGCUUAUUGACGCGGCAGAAAACAGAAACCCUUCGUAA